UUGGCUCAUUCGGUACGUUCAGCGUCUCCUACGAGACAUAUACUAAUGGUUCUACGCCAGGUAUUUCGUUUUACAGCUUGAAAGUUCAAAAUGUCUUCCCCUCAGACGCAUGACGAGGUACAAUCUGAGGGGAAUAGUGGCGAUGAGGAAGAAAGCGUCGAAAUGUUGGAUCCUAGAGUCAAGGUAGAGCUUGAAAGUCUCAAUACGGCGACAGCGGAGAUAAAUGAUGUUGAACAAGAACUCGAGGAGAUGCAUGCAGUAUUCAGACAAACCCUCACUGAAUCGGCUUUUGUGCUGAAAACACAAGCCAACAUGCUAGGAAAAAGUGUGAAGCACUCUAGGCCUUACUACGAAAAACUGGACUACGCAAAAMAGCUUCAAGUGGAAACUCAAAAAGCAGCGCUCAAUUAUGAGAGGGCCUGCAGUCAGCAUCARUCAGCCAAAUUAGCUGUGGCCCAUGCAGAGCAGAAGUUAGAAUCAUCGUCAACAGAACAUAAAACMUUAGACCCUACAUGGCAAGAAAUGUUGAAUAGAGCAAUUAUGAAAGUCAUGGAAUCCGAGCUUCAAAAGCAGCAAAGUGAAAGAGAACAUUUACAUACAGCACAAAAACUUACGCAGGCCAACAAAGAAAUAUCUGAGAUGAAAAUAAAACUAAAAUCAGCCAUUAAUAAAUCAAGAGUCUAUUACGAUCUAAGAGAUAAGUAUAUGGAUGUUUUAGAGGAACAUAAAGAAAGAAUCCUAGGUUUACAAAGUCGGUUGAAAAACUCCAAGYAUAACUACUCAAGCUCGCUGCGAAAACUGGAAAGUAUUAGCGAUGAAAUUCACGAAUUAAGAAAAAGUCAACUAGACUUGGCUGGCCCAAGGCAAGACGGUGUGGGUGCAGAAUGCUCUAUUGAGCCCUUUGAAGGUGAAUCAAGCACAGAUGGCGAUUUUUAUCAACCUAAAUCAUCUUCUGAAGAAAAAUCUGAUAGCAACGAAUAUGCAGACGUGGAUAAAACUACAUACAGUCAGGAUUUAGUCGAAWAUACUUCGCUAAGUACAACUAGUUGAAAUUUGUGUUAUAGUUAAGAACUAUMGAACAGCUGUUAGAGCGACCACUAUUUAUUUGGCUGUAAAUAUUAUUUUGAACGGAUAUGAAAGAAGCCGUCUUUAAAACCAAUUAAAUUGAAAGCAUUGUA